AUGGCCGAAACGAAGGGAGGCCGAGGCCCUCCCUGCCUGCCUUCAGGGACGGAGAUGCGCGUCUCACCGCCUGCGUGCGGUGUCGGCCGUCUCCCUCGCACUCGUGGCCUUGCUGGCGCUGGGAGCGAGGCCAUGGGCAUCCUUUGCCAUCGGUCGUCGAGCGGCGUGCCUGAGCAGCAGCGCAUCACGUGGUUCCGCCUGGUUCCGCCUGCGCUCGCGGCCGAGGUGAGCAGACCAGACGGCUUCAGCUACACCAUGCUGUCACCAGGGUCUGACGGCGUCUCGCCACGAGAUGGCCCCGUUCGCUCAUAUGCCAAGGUUUGGAUAAAGUUCACUGGUCACGUGGACGGCUUUGACGGGCCGGUGUUUGACUCCUCGGCGCUUCGCGGUGCACGGCGUCCGGUAAAGAAGGAUUACGUGGAAAUCGAGUGCAAUACCGACGACACAUUCGCUGCGGGAAUGUGGGAGGCAUUACAUUUGAUGAAGGUCGGCGAGAAGGGACGAUUCGUACAACCACCUGAUCUCAGUUUUGGCGGGGGCAAAGCAUCCUUCCAAGGAGAUGAGGACUCCGAGGUGAAGACGGUGCCUGCAGGCGCCACUCUCUACUACGACGUGGAGCUUGUGAGGAUUAUUCGGCCUUGA